UCAUGAAACAACCGUGACAAUUUCAUUCUCUCUCUUCUCAAUUUUUCGUUGUUCCUUCCACGACGAAGGAUCUAACGACCGAGCCACGGUGGAGUUUAACUCCGCCAUAUCUUCUCCGUCGCCACCGGCGUUCUUCAAUUAAAUCCAUUGAUCUCCUUAAUCCACCAUCCAUGGAUCGAGCUUCUCUCCUCAUCCUCCUCUGUAUAUUCUUCGAUCUGACCGCGGCUAAUAAAACUCCAGAUAAGCUCGAUUUAGCAGCCGAAUCGCCGAUGAUUUUCCCGCUCAGCUACUCCUCCCUUCCGCCGCGAGUCGAGGAUCUCCGCCGCCGUCGUCUCCAACAAUCUCAGCUCCCUAAUGCUCACAUGAAGCUAUACGACGACCUCCUCGCCAACGGCUACUAUACGACACGAUUAUGGAUAGGGACACCUCCACAGGAGUUUGCUUUGAUUGUAGAUACUGGAAGUACUGUCACUUACGUACCUUGCUCCACCUGUAAACAUUGUGGGAAGCAUCAGGAUCCAAAGUUUCAACCUGAGUUAUCUAGUAGCUACCAGGCUUUGAAAUGCAACCCUGACUGUAAUUGUGAUGAUGAUGGUAAAUUAUGUGUCUAUGAAAGACGAUAUGCUGAGAUGAGCUCGAGUAGUGGGGUUCUAAGUGAGGAUUUGAUAUCUUUUGGCAACGAGAGCCAGCUUUCUCCGCAGAGAGCUGUUUUUGGAUGCGAGAACGCGGAGACAGGGGACCUUUUCAGCCAACGUGCUGAUGGUAUAAUGGGUUUGGGUCGUGGUAAGCUCAGUAUUGUAGAUCAGCUUGUUGACAAGGGUGUUUUCGAGGACUCUUUUUCGUUGUGUUAUGGAGGAAUGGAAGUUGGUGGUGGUGCUAUGGUACUUGGUAAAAUAUCUCCUCCAGCUGGUAUGGUGUUUUCCCGUUCGGAUCCUUUCCGCAGUCCAUACUAUAACAUUGACCUGAAACAAAUGCAUGUUGCUGGCAAGUCUCUAAAGCUAAACCCAAAGGUCUUUAACGGAAAGCAUGGAACCGUGUUGGAUAGUGGAACAACGUAUGCUUAUUUUCCAAAGGAAGCGUUUAAUGCCAUAAAGAAUGCGGUCAUUAAAGAAAUUCCAUCUCUCAAACGGAUCCAUGGUCCAGACCCAAAUUAUGAUGAUAUUUGUUUCUCUGGCGCUGGAAGGGAUGUGGCUGAGAUACACAAUUUUUUCCCCGAGAUCGCUAUGGAAUUCGGCAAUGGUCAGAAACUAAUCCUUUCUCCCGAGAACUAUUUAUUCAGGCACACCAAAGUUAGAGGCGCUUACUGCCUUGGAAUAUUUCCUGAUAGAGACUCAACAACACUCCUUGGAGGAAUUGUUGUCCGCAACACGCUCGUCACUUAUGACCGUGAAAACGACAAGCUCGGGUUUUUGAAGACCAACUGUUCCGAUCUAUGGAAGAGGCUGGCGGCACCAGAUUCUCCUGCACCUACUUCACCAGUUUCCCAGAAUAAAACUUCUCAUAUUUCUCCAAGCCCUGCUUCGAGCGAGUCUCCUACGGUGGAUCUUCCAGGUGUUUUCCGGAUUGGAAGUAUAACCUUCGAAGUGUCAAUAAGUGUGAACAAUUCUUCAUUGAAGCCCAACUUCUCAGAGAUUGCUGAUUUCAUUGCCCAUGAGUUAGAGAUACAAAGCUCACAGGUUCGCUUGCUGAGUAUCACGUCCAGAGAAAAUGAGUAUCGCCUGAAAUGGGGAAUUUUUCCUCCACAAUUUUCCGAGUACAUUUCCAAUAAUACAGCAUUGAAGAUAAUGUUGCUUUUAAAGGAAAAUCGGUUACGCCUACCUGGGCAAUUUGGAAGCUACAAGUUGCUAGAAUGGAAGGCAGAACAAAAGAAGAAACAGAGCUGGUGGGAGAAGCAUUUACUUGGCGUUGUUGGUGGAGUGAUGAUCUCGUUGCUCGUUACUUCGGUGAUGAUCAAACUUGUAUUGGUGUGGAGAAGGAGAAAGCAAGAGGAAGCUACUUAUGAGCCUGUAAGUGCUGUUGUUAAAGAACAAGAACUUCAGCCUCUCUCUUCUGAAACAUCUAAUGCCUGAGCUUCACCAUCACUUAUAGAGUCUCUCUCUCUAUAUAUAUAUAUAUAUUUGAAUUUGAUAGAAAGAAAUUAAACCCCAGAUUUCAGGAAACAAGAUUCAUUUAAAAUUAAAGACAGUUUGAUUUUUUCAAGUAAAUUGUUGUAGUUACCUUAUUUUGAUGUAUAAGGAAAGAAAGAAUGAAAAUGAGAA